UGAGAACACCCAGCUCCUCUCACCAGCCCACCCAGCCCAGACCCAGACGCCACCAUGACCGGCUCCUGCUGCGGCUCCACCUGCUCCUCAGUCUGUGGGGGCGGCUGCUGCCAGCCCUGCUGCUGCCGCGACCCCUGCUGCUGCCGCCCCUGCUGCUGCCAGACCACAGUGUGCCGCCCCGUGACCUGUGUGCCCCACUGCACACGCCCCAUCUGCGAGCCCUGCCGCCGCCCCAUCUGCUGUGACCCCUGUGGGCUGCAGGAGGGCUGCUGCCGCCCCAUCACCUGCUGCCCCACGUCCUGCACGGCCGUGGUCUGCCGGCCCUGCUGCUGGGCCUCCACCUGCUGCCAGCCCAUCUGUGUGCAGGCGCCCUGCUGCCGGCCCCCCUGCUGCCAGCCCGCCCCCUGCCGCACCACCUGCAGGACCUCCCCCUGCUGCUGCUGCUGCUGCUGA